GAGUUCCAAAUCCAAAGCGUCAGCUUCCACCACCAGCGGCAGCAAAAGCAACAUGGCGACCAUUGCGUCGCCACCCACUGCAAACGGUAAAAAGGGCAUGAUGAAGUACCUUGAGCAUGAGGAUUAGGAGGACGCUGUCAACAUGGAUGGCGAGGAGGACGAAGAGGAGUGGACUCCUUCGCCUCCCAAACCGAGAACAGGUAAAGUACGCGUGUUUAAACGGAUGGUGCAGAAUCGGAAAGCCCAGCGCGAGUUUCACAAAUGGCGCGAGACGCGUACGCGAGAUCUCGAGGCUCGAUGCCGCCGCUUCAACCAGAUGGGUCUCGAGGCGAACGUAGAGCUUCAGCGCGUGGCUUGGCGUCCCAAGGAGGACAACGACGUCGUGUUCGAUCUGUUAGUGCGCCUCUGCUUUGGUAACAUGGUCAGCAAUGUUCCCGAAGGACCUGGAUCGCCAGGUGGAUAUACCAUGGCUGGCGUUGAUCCGAAUGUGCGCAACAAACCCGCCGACCGGCUUGCGAUACGUGCUCGUCGGAGAGAAGCAGAUGGUCGGUAAUGUUGGCGAGAGGACGAGCCAGCUACUUCAGAAGCAUUAACAGGCAGCGAUAGCGGCUCAGCGCAAGCAACCAGAAGUGGACGAGGAGGCUCGCAGGCGGUCCGUGUCGCUCUCAGUCGUCCCGAUAUCCGCGGCAACAGCAACGGGCGAUUGCAAUGCCGUGCCUUCCUCAGCUCC